AUGAGCCAGACACAACAGUUCACUGGCCAUUUCAGCAGUGAGCAGCACCAAUUCAAUGGCAACAACUUUUACGGCCCUGUCUCGUUUUCUGCGCCGCAUCAAGGUGAACCACAGCGCCUAGUAUCUACAAAUGAAUCCAGAAGUAUAUUUCCGGACGGAAGCAAUGGUAGUAUAGACCAAGCAUCUGAACUUUGCCUGGGCGAAAGUCCAAGCUGGGAUGACUGUCUCAAAUCACUGAGAGCUGAAGAGCUAAACGAGCGGGAGCGACUUGUAGACAGCCCUGCAGAUGGUACCUGUGAAUGGCUGCUCAACUCGCCAGAGUACUUGCAUUGGAAGAGCGAGCACGGCUUGCUCCUGAUUAGAGGCAAGCCUGGGAGUGGAAAAUCCACGCUUCUGAAGUACGCACUGGAGAAAGAAAAGGAAUAUGCUGCUAUGUCUGGAUUUCUGGUGUUGUCUUUCUUCUUCCAUGCCAGUGGCACGGAGCUUCAGAAUGGGGCUAUUGGACUCUUCCGCUCUUUGAUCCUUCAGUUAUUAGACCAGGAUCAGAGCUCUCGACACAUGUUUCGAGAAAUUUGGCGAAACCGCUGGGUUACGGGAGGAAAAGAGAAACUGCAUAUGGAAUGGAAUGAGAAGGAGUUGCAAAUGAGCUUCACGAAGAUGGUGCUCCAAUGUUGCGCUCGACGCGAAAUUACCAUAUUUGUCGACGCUAUCGACGAAUGUGGAGAUCAAGACCGAGAUCGUAUGAUUGGCUUUUUCUACAGGCUGAAGGGUAGAGGACGACAAAAACUAAGUAGGCCGAGAAUUUGCUUUGCGAGCCGUUCCUAUCCAGAUGGCCAGAUAGAAGCAGAGUUUCGUGUUAAGCUGGAAGAGCGAAAUCGGUAUGAUAUCGAGAGUUUCAUGGAGCAGGAGUUGCGGCAGCCUGACGAAACAUCAGGAGAUGCAACAGUACUGAAGGAUAUCUUGUACAGCAAGGCUGAAGGUAUGUUCCUUUGGCUGGUUCUUAUUAUCCCUCAGGUUCACGAUUUGAGUGGUAAAGGAUUGAGUUUCAAGUUUAUCCUGUCCAAGAUUUUGGGAUGUCCCCGAGAACUUAAUAAUAUGUACGAAGGUCUUCUGAAAAGAAUUGAAGACGAGGAGCUCUUAGAAGCUUGCACUCUAUUCCACGUGGUGUUUACCUCGCCUCGACCUUUAGCUCUCGAUGAGCUCAGGAUUGUCAUGAAUGCUCAACCAAGUGGUGAGAGGGAAUCCCUACUAGAUAAGGAAGGCCAAGAACACCCACACGAUAUAGAAAACGACGCUAAAAUGAAGAAGAGAAUGAUACAUUUGAGCAAAGGCCUCAUCGACGUGACAAGUGCAACAGAUGAACAAGGAAAGGCUGUUGUCGUCUUUUGCCAUGAAACCGUCAAAGACCAUCUACUGAAAGGAGGCUUGGACUAUCUGAAUGGCCGCUUAAAACAACAUCAACGGCUUGCCAAAGUUGCAAUCCCCCGGCCUGAUAACACGCAUCUACUCGACGUGUUGACCCAAGGAACUUGGAAUUUGUGGAAACGAGCAAUAAUAUCAAAGAUGCUCAACUUUCCUUUUUAUGUUGCCAUGUACUGGCUGUAA